CCAAAGUCGAUAGUACGCAAGGUCGAUAAUAACAGAUGUGUAGUAUGCUGCGAGUUAACCUCACUCUUUAGAAGCAUGCAAGUGUAGACUGCAUAAAUAUUAGUACUGUGCAGUUAAGAAUUUGUUAAUAAUGGGUCAGAAAAGAAAAAAUCGUGAGGAAAAGGAUGAUUUUGAAUAUGAUCCUUCUCCUAAGCAUCUUCAUGUAGCACAUAUUAAAAAUCAAGAAAAACGUCUUAUUAUUAUUUUAGAAAAUGCACAAUUAGAAUCGGUUAAGGUUGGUAAUAGUUUUGAAUUAUUGAAUUGCGAUGACCAUUUAAGUAUAUUAAAAAAGAAUAAUCGAGAACCUGGCUCGUGUAGACCAGAUAUAACGCAUCAGUGUUUACUAAUGUUGAUGGAUAGUCCUUUAAACAGAGCAGGCCUUCUACAAGUUUAUAUACAUACUGAAAAAAAUGUAUUGAUCGAAGUGAACCCACAAACAAGGAUACCAAGAACGUUCAAACGAUUUGCUGGUCUUAUGGUACAACUAUUACACAAAUACAGUGUCAGAGCAUCAGAUGGACCGAUGAAGUUAUUAAAGGUUAUUAAAAAUCCAUGUACGAAUCAUCUUCCAGUUGGUUGUAAAAAACUCCUUAUGUCAUUUAGUUCGAAAACAAUAAAAAAUCCAAGAGAAUUAGUGCCAACGGAAGAACCAAUCGCUAUAGUUGUAGGAGCAAUGGCACAUGGACAAGUACAAACAGAUUAUACGGAAGAUACUAUAUCUAUCAGUAACUACCCUCUUUCGGGUGCAGUAACAUGUAGUAAAUUGUGCACCGCUUUUGAAGAAGUUUGGAAUAUAGUUUAAGAAAUAAAUUAAUUAUAUGAUCUAUAAAUAAUAGAAAUAUUCGUCUAGUGUUAA